AUGAUGUCGAAAAGAACACCAUUUGCAAUUAGUACCCAUACCACCACCAGUUUGCCAGGAUACAUAGCAAAUCAAAUCCACGUGACAGAAUUCAUCCUUCUGGGCAUUACAGAGAAUCCAGAGCUGAGGAGACUACUCUCAGCUGUGUUUCUAAUCAUGUAUGUGUUCACCAUCUUGGGAAACCUCCUCAUUGUGAUAACCAUGGUCACAAGUCAGAGUCUGAGACCACCUAUGUAUGUUUUCCUAACCUCCUUGUACCUUUUGGAUGUCACUUUCUCUUCUGUCAUUGUCCCCACGAUGAUUGUGGACUCCCUCUCGGAGAGCACUGUCAUCUCCCUGGAAGGCUGCAUGGCCCAGGUCUUCAGGGAGCACUUCUUUGGUGGCCUGGAGAUCAUCUUUCUCAUUGUGAUGGCCUAUGACUGCUAUGUGGCCAUCUGUAAGCCCCUGCACUACAUGACCAUCAUGAAGCCUUGGGUGUGCUGCCUGGUGCUGGCAGGGGCCUGCAGGAUAUGUGGGGGGGUUGGCACCCAUAUAGUAAUACAUCUUCUCUUCAUGUAUCAGAUACUUUUCUGUGGUCACACUAUCAGAGAGCACUUUACAGGUGAUCUGUUUCCACUGUUGAACCUGACCUGCAUGGACACCCACCUCCUGGGCCUCUUAGUCCACAGUGGGGUGAUGUGUGUGGCCGUCUUCCUUAUCCUCAUCUCCUCCUAUGUGGUCAUCCUCUGCUCCCUGAGGUCUUGCAGCUCUGAAGGGUGGGGUAAAGCCCUCUCCACCUGUGGCUCCCACCUCACAGUGGUUGUCAUGUUCUUUGUUCCAUGCACUUUCUUGUACGUGAGACAAAUGGCCAUCUACCCCAUGUUAAAUCUAUCCAUCACACCCAUGUUAAAUCCCUUGAUCUACACCCUGAGAAACACAGAAGUGAAAAAUACCAUGAGGAAACUGGAUGCAACCAGGGUUUUUGGUUGGCAAGUGACUGUCACGCUUAGAAUACUGUGUGUUUCUGAUAAGGAGAGAUUCUUCUUUCAGAAAUGUGUGAGAAAUAAAACUGCUCAUUCUCCAUAA